AUGGACACAAUUCUGCACAGAGACAUUAAACCGGCCAACGUUCUGAUCACCAGAGAUGGGGUCCUGAAGCUGGCGGACUUCAGUCUGGCUCGAAACUUCAGCGUGCCUAAGAUCCCGAUGUGGAACCCGUACAUGAUCUCGGUGGUCACGCGGUGGUACAGACCCCCAGAGCUGCUGCUGGGUGAGCAGGACUACGGACCCCCCAUCGACCUGUGGGGGGUGGGCUGCAUCAUGGCGGAGAUGUGGACCAGGAACCCCAUCAUGCAGGGCAACACGGAACAGCACCAGCUGAUCUUGAUCAGCCAGCUGUGCGGGUCCAUCACCCCGGAGGUGUGGCCCGGAGUGGACAAGAAGUACGAGCUGUACCAGAAGAUGGAGCUGCCCAAAGGCCAGAAGAGGAAAGUGAAGGACCGCGUCAAGGUCUACGUCAAAGACCCCUACGCCCUGGACCUGAUCGACAAGCUCCUGGUCCUGGACCCGGCUCAGCGCACUGACAGCGACUACGCGCUCAACCACAACUUCUUCUGGUCUGACCCCAUGCCGUCGGYCCUGAAGAACAUGCUGUCCACCCACAACACCUCCAUGGUCGAGUACCUGGCCCCGCCCAAGAGGAGGGGCCAUAUGCCCCAGCCGCAGCCCAACCAGAACCGCAACCCGGCCACCACCAACCAGACCGAGUUCGACCGCGUGUAUGAGUGGCGCUCGUGUCUGACACGUUAG